CCUCCCCUCCAGCGGCAGUAGCUGUAGCAGCUUCAGCGAAGCCGGAGAUGGGCAGAGAGCGCGCGCGGCGCAGCAGCUCCAGAUUCACUGCUCUCUCCUGCAGCUCCCGGCGCCCCUGCCGCUGUCGCCGCCUCGGUGUCCCCCGGCUCCAGUCCCGCUCUUAGGACAGCGCCGCCACCGCCGCCUGGCCCUGCCUGCCUCCUGCGCCGCGCAGCCCUCGCGCGCUCCCCGGAUGGCGCUUUACCCCUAGGACCGAAAACAUUAUGACAUCAACAUCCAAAGGAAUUCUUCGCCCAUUUUUAAUUGUCUGCAUUAUCCUGGGCUGUUUCAUGGCAUGUCUUCUCAUUUACAUCAAGCCUACCAACAGCUGGAUCUUCAGUCCAAUGGAAUCAGCCAGCUCUGUGCUGAAAAUGAAAAACUUCUUCUCCACCAAAACUGAUUAUUUUAAUGAAACUACUAUUCUGGUGUGGGUGUGGCCAUUUGGGCAGACCUUUGACCUUACAUCCUGCCAAGCAAUGUUCAACAUCCAAGGAUGCCAUCUCACAACAGACCGUUCACUGUACAACAAAUCUCACGCAGUUCUGAUCCAUCACCGAGACAUCAGUUGGGAUCUGACAAAUUUACCUCAGCAAGCUAGGCCACCCUUCCAGAAAUGGAUUUGGAUGAAUUUGGAAUCACCAACUCAUACUCCCCAAAAGAGUGGCAUUGAGCACUUGUUUAACCUGACUCUGACUUACCGCCGCGACUCAGAUAUCCAAGUGCCUUAUGGCUUCUUGACAGUGAGCACAAAUCCCUUCGUGUUUGAAGUGCCAAGCAAAGAGAAGUUGGUGUGCUGGGUUGUGAGUAACUGGAACCCUGAGCAUGCCAGGGUCAAGUAUUACAAUGAGCUAAGCAAAAGUAUUGAAAUCCAUACUUACGGGCAAGCAUUUGGAGAAUAUGUCAAUGAUAAAAAUUUGAUUCCUACCAUAUCUACUUGUAAAUUUUAUCUUUCCUUCGAAAAUUCAAUCCACAGGGAUUACAUCACAGAAAAGCUUUACAAUGCUUUUCUGGCUGGCUCUGUACCUGUUGUUCUGGGGCCAUCUAGGGAAAACUAUGAGAAUUAUAUUCCAGCAGAUUCAUUCAUUCAUGUGGAAGAUUAUAACUCUCCCAGCGAGCUAGCAAAGUAUCUGAAGGAAGUCGACAAAAACAAUAAGUUAUACCUUAGUUACUUUAACUGGAGGAAGGAUUUCACUGUAAAUCUUCCACGAUUUUGGGAAUCACAUGCAUGCUUGGCUUGUGAUCAUGUGAAAAGACAUCAAGAAUAUAAGUCUGUUGGUAAUUUAGAGAAAUGGUUUUGGAAUUAAAAUCUUGUAUUACUUGCAUACUUGAUAAAUAUUUUGAUGAGAUAUCAUCCAAGUAUUGAGGAUUAGAAGAGAUACAACAUCCUACUUUUGUGUCACAAUUUAUUUUUAUUACCCUCUCUUGGGUAACAUGUAUAUUUUGGUGGAGAUUUUUAAAAGCUCAGCAUGAGCAAUCAUUCCAUUUGGUUUUAAAUUAUCCUGUAUAUACCUAAUUAUGUUCACUGGAGAGUAAUUUAUUCUUCAUUAUCAUUUGUAAACAAUUUGUAAAUUGUUUUUUCACAUUUUUGUAGUUGUCCAUAUGUAAGCUUGUGAUUUGAUUAUUGUUUAUACUCUGAUCAGCUGUUUAUUUGGGAAAUGAAGAUGCACAUCUUAAAGUAUGAAAAUUUUUCACUAAGUAUUAUAAUGUCUACUUCCAAGUUUGCAUACUAUAACAAAGGAAGAAUAUAUUGCAAUUGAAUUCUAAUCUCUUUGACUCCAAAGUCAAACAAAGUGUAAACUGUCUCUAUUUGAUCUAUUUUUUACCUAUUUACCACAUGUGUGAAGGUGGAAUUACUCAUGGAGUGAAUAAGAAAGAUAUGAAGCAGAACUGUUCUGUUUAGUAAGCCAUUAGACUUCUCGUUUAUUUUCAUUAAGCUGAUUUACAGCUACUUAUUCUCAUGAUCUUAAGUUAAAUUAUUCAAGUAUUUUUAAAUAUCCAAUUUGUUGUGAUUUUCAGCACCUGGGAAGUAAUCCCAUUAAUACUCUAGCAAAUCUAAGGCAGUUCUCUUUCUGUUACUGAUAACAUUUAUUGUCAUACUAAAACAAAUAAUUUUCUCAUAUAACAAAGAAAAAUGAUAUCUAUAAAUAUAUUUCUAAAUGGUGUCAUUUAUGAACAAUGUUUAAUUACUUAUGAAUUUAAGAUUUUUUUUCUGAAGCCCUAAUAUUUAAAAUGGUCUUAUUUUAUUAUAUGGAUAUAAGAUUUGGCUCACAAUGAUAAGCCCUAUAAUUUGAUUUGAGUUCUAUCAUUUAAGAGAGCCUAAAUACAAUUAUCAUCAAGGUGUUAAAUAUAUGUUAAAUAUAAUAAAGUGAGGUUAUAUAGAAAACACACAGUGUUAACACAGAGUAGGAUCUCAAUGCAUAUUUGUUGAAUGAAUCAAUAAAUGCCAUUAAAUUCAUAGGAAAGUGUUUGUUUCAAGGAAGUGACAGUUCUACUUUAGAAGUACUAAUUGGGGAUGACUUUUAUAUUCCAUUUUGGUACUUAUUCAUACAUAGCACAUAGGACCAUGGUGUUCAGGGCUUUACAGAGCCAAGUAAACCUACCAUUACAUUAAAAUUUUGGAGGGUAUAUUCUUGAACUUGCAGCUGCCUUCUGCAUUCUCCUCCAUAAGGCUAGAGAAGGGGAGAGCUGGAUAUAAGCAGAAACAGUAGGUGAAAAAAAGAUGGGACACUAAGGAUUCUUCAAGAAAAGCAUCCCGCAAAAUAGAUAUUUAGUGUCUUUAUUCCAUUCAGGCCAAAAUUCCAUCAAAAAAUUAGAAUGUCCUGAUGACAUUCAUUUGGGCCUAUUUGUGACUUAUUCCAGUAGUCCUAUUACAGGACAUGUUGGCAUCAGCUAAACUCAAAUAGAAUUCUGUAAAAGGGACAUAUGUCCAGCUAUCCAGACUAUCUUGUGAGAGAACAAGCUCACCCUAGCACCAGAAAUAUUUGAGCAGAGGAAUAUUCCUGUAAUUAAUAGAGGAUUGUUUGAUUCUCAGGUAUAUUUCUUAAGCCAAGAUUGAAUGCAGUGUCAGACACUGCCUUAACACCCACAGAGAUAAGAUGAACAAGGUACUAUCACUACCUAAAAUGACUUUACAAUUAAGUGGACAGACAUAUGAAAGUUUCCUUUCAAUUCAGACUGAAACUGUUUAUAUAGAUGUGCUACUCUCAAUGAAGCUUAUAUGGGUCAAUGCUGAUUUAAUGGGGAAGAAAAGUAGCAAAUUUCUCCAAUUGCUUAGCUAUUUGACAUGUUUUGGAGCUGCACAUUUUGUCAACUCUUUUGACCCAACAUAUUAUUCUCUCCAUAUUAUCUAUUCUAACAACAAUACAUUAAGAAAUAAUAUUUUUAUCUGUAUGUCCUCCUCAAUUAGUAAAAUCUUCAUCCAUAUUUAAUUAAUUGAUAAGACAGUAAAAUUCAUACAUUUACAUUUACUUUGUCAAAUUUCUUGCCCUAUAAAAAGUAUAGGGAUCUAAAGAGGAUACACUGCUACACGUUUAGAAAGUACCUGCUUCUUUUGUGUGUGUAUGUGAUGAAGUCUUGCUCUGUUGCCAAGGCUGGAGUGCAGUGGCACAAUCUUGG